AAUCGAUGGUCUGUUGCGUGCGCGCGUCUAAACCAUAGCGUUAGUCCCCGUACGUAAGUCUCGCAUUUGUGUCGAAGACCUCACACUUAGAACGGUUAGAAAUCUUACUCUUUACAGUCUUAGAAGUUACGUAAAUCUAGAACCAACGUGGGCUGACUGAUUGUAAAGCGUUAUCCCAAACGAUAGCAUUAAGCCUAAGUAUCGCGUUCACGGUAGCACUAGUUUCUCACGAAGAUCAUCGGCGCCGUCAUAGGGUUGCUUUUUGGGCUGGGCCAGUUCUUUGUCCAACUAACAAGGAUCAAACAUAUUAUCAACAGCCAUGUAAGUGCCGAAAAUACCCCGAAAGGACCAUUUUUCUGGAGUAAUUGAAUCUCGUUAAGGUCACGAACCAUGUAUUCUCUUCAACUGUGACAAAUAUUUAAACCACCAUUUUAACCCAAAGACAUUCAGAGAUACACAACUUGGCCAUGAAUCCAAAUGGCCAAUCACCAAUGUGUCCAGGAGAUCCAGGAGCAACUAUGAUGGGUAUGAUGACCCAUAAUCAUCAUGGCGGAAAUCCAAUGAUACACAUGCAAUCUCACCCAACACAACUUCCCACGACAACAAAUACCGGUGGAGGGCGCUGUUGUGCCGGAUGUGGUGGCAAAAUAAUGGACAGAUUCCUGUUACAUGCCAUGGACAGGUACUGGCACACAGGAUGUUUGAAAUGCUCUUGUUGCCAAGCGACCCUUGCUGACAUCGGCAGCUCUUGCUACACAAAAGCGGGAAUGAUCCUCUGUAAAAACGAUUAUAUCCGUAUGUUUGGCAACACCGGUGCCUGCAGUGCCUGUGGUCAGGUGAUUCCUGCUAACGAGUUCGUCAUGAGGACCCACGGGAACGUGUAUCACCUCAAAUGUUUCGUUUGUGUCAAGUGUCGUAACCAGUUGGUGCCUGGUGACCGCUACAACUUGGUCAACGGCAAUGUAUUCUGUGAACAGGACUGUUUGAAAAUCCUUAAAGGCUCAGUAUCAGCAGGAGGAGUUCGAAAAGGGAAGGUUCGCGCCAAUUCGGCCAUCAAAGCUGUGUGAGAGCGCCAUCUUGUCUUUUAUAGUAGAAACAAAUACUAACCGGACGUCAACAGCUUGUGUACAUAACAAUUAAUUUCUGUUAGGGUUAGGUUUCACGGUUACGAAGGUGUUUAUAUUAUUUUUUGUUUAUCACCAAAAUCCACUGUUUCACGCCAUCUAUCGACCAGUAGAAACAAUGGAGCUAGAAGGAAUUUUAAUAUUGGUGGAUGCUUGCGAGAGACCAAAAAGAACAAUAGCAAGAGUGAAUCUGAAACUUUAAAAGGUAAUCGUUUCGUUCGUUUCGAACAGUUUUUAUCGCGAAAUUAUAUAAUACAGUUUGAAAGUUGCAGUGAUUAAAAUAUUUCAUUAUUUUUCCAAAAGUGCAGCUGGUAAAUUUUGAAGAGAAAAUAUAAGCGCGGGGGAAAAGCAAACAGACGUCAAAAUUUUGUCCAAAGGAAACCCAGUUCAUUACUUUUUUUUUUCAAGUAAUUUCUGAGGACUUGUUCUCGCAAGAAACCUCGUAUAAAAUAAUAGCAGUAAGAAACGUCGGAAAAACUAAAGCGUCCGAAACGUUAAAACUUUUUUUUUAUUUUCUUUUUUAAAUACAAUAUGUUGGUGCUACACGUCGAUUGUUUCGAGUAUUAUCGACAUUCAAACAUCGGUUAGAAAUUCUGCUUCAAGAUUUUCAGCGAUUUUACCAUCCUCACUAUCUGACAGUGUACCUCGUGAUGUCGUCUCGCAUCAACCAAUAGGACACGUGGUGCCCUAGUGUGUACCACCACCACUCGAGAGGUUACAAUCCGAUAUUCCGAAAAUUGAACUUAAAAGCAAUUAUACGAGUAGCCCUAAUUGUUCAUCCGGGUUGUUAUGUAACAUGAACAGAAGCAUGUGUGUGUAUGUAUAUAACGUUAACAUUCGGGAGAUAAGACGAUAACAUUUUGAGAUAUAUUUGUAAUCAUUCCAGAGUCCUGUAUUGUUGUUACACUUAAUUAAAGCUUUCUAAUCUUUUGAAAAAUUACGUCAAAAUUCUAAUAAUAAUAAUUAUAGAAACAGGAUGAAAAAUUGGAAUAACAAAAGAAAGAUUAGAGCAAACUUUAGUGCUAGUGAGUGGCGGGAAUUUUUCGGAAUAUCAGUUUGUCCUCUCCCAAGUAAAGAACACUUGGAUUUGCUCCUUCUACACCGUCUAGAUACACCGGAUCAUCUUGAGAUCGAAUCGAAUUACGAGCACCUUCAUAUCUACACUUAGAUAAUCCGCAAAAUAUUGCAGAAGUGUUUGGUGUGUUCCGUUGAACGUCCGUCAAGAGAACAUGUUAUUUGUCUUAAAUUUCUUAAAACUGCCCACGGCUCAUGUAUUUUGUGGUUGAAUCUACCUACAAUAAAGUGGUAUUAUUGAAGAAACGCUCUGUUUAGUUUCAAAACCAAAACUUUUUUUUUUCUACACGUCGAACUAUUGUUUCGCUGAUUUCACAUCCAAAUUGUUUAUCGU